AUUCAAAAAAAUAUGAGAGAAAUACUACAGCUUGUUAGUCAGGUGAAGAAUCAGAAUCGAAUGUCUGAGUAUACACAAUUUACUAGGAUCGCAACACCUUGCAGCGAUUUAGAUCCUUUUGAUGGUCUUUAUGUAGGGGCAUUUGGACCUUAUGCUACGGAGAUUGUGCAAAUGAAGCGUAAAUAUGGUAACUGGAAUGCACAAGAUGAAAAUAAAUCAUCUGAUAUGGAGUUCUUUGAGUAUGUUGAGGCAAUAAAACUUACAGGCGAUAUUAAUGUACCUGCUGGCGAGGUGACAUUUCGUGGUAAAAUUGGAAAAGGGAAUGGAUCUACUAACAAAGGGAUGUACCCAGAUGAACUAGGAGUGGUUGCAAGCUACAAAGGCCAAGGCAGAAUAGCAGAGUACGGAUUCAAAAAUCCCAAGUGGGUCGAGGGCGAGCUGCUUCAACUCAACGGAAAGGGUUUCGGGGCACACAUUAAAGGUGCAGAUCUUGGCUUUCUGUACGCCAUUCCGGAGCACAGCUUCCUUGUGCUCUUCAGUCGUUUGAAGCUACCCGAGUAGGCUGGUUUGGUAUGUCUAAAAUCUCAUCUUAAUUCUUACCUUAGUGCAAGUAGUGGCAUGCAGUUUUGAACCCACUUCUUGCGGCUACGUUGGGAGCCAUAUUGGGUUGUAUAUGGUAUUUAUUAGUGAAUGAGAUCUUAAGCCUGCCAUGUUCCCUGGUAAUCUUGCCACAGUUGGAAGCAUAAACUUGUGCAACGAGUGAAACCUAUGUUUCUUAUCACAAGGACAAACAAAUAACUCCCAUCAUCUGCGACUUACAGGCUAGAGUAUGUAAUAUGGCUCUGUUAAAUGUAUCCUUAAGGACAGAUGGAGUAUCCAUCCAUAUCCACAUUCAUACUUUAUUUAAAAAGAGGGGAAGAGGUAUUUGUGUUUUCCCGCCCAAGAGUGCUAGUCAUUACAUAUGGUAAUUGUGAAAUUUAAUUGGUAAUUAAUAAAAUGCCAUUAAUAUU